AUGCCAACUCCGAGUGAUAACGCCUCGAUCGCCGAGGCGAUCUCCACCCGCACCUGCCCCCCAGACACCGACAGGAUCCCGGCCUGGCGAGACUCCCUCGAGUCUACAGACUCGCCUGGCGAUCCUCUCGAUAAUCCCCUCUCACCAAACAGCGCAACUGCACCGUCUGUGCUGAGUCGCUCCGACGAUGGUACUGCUCUCUUGGCGACCGAUCCGCUGAAGGUGGAGCAGAAGAUGCCCAGCACAGAUGAAGAUACAGCGCCCGCGAGAUCUAAUUCUCCGACUGAGACCUCAUGCCCUCGCAGCCAGUCGCCCGUCACGCCACCGAAUUCCUCGCUGUUGAACUAUGAAUUUUCAAAUGUUCGGCUCCUGCCCAAUCAUACUUCGUCGUUUCUUCGUUCAGGCAGUAAAUUCGUCGGCACGCAGCAAUCGGAUCGCCAAGUUUACAAUGUGGACGUCGAGAUUAAACACGUUGAUAUGGCCGAGUCCUACAUGUGCGGCUAUCUGCGCAUACAAGGACUCACCGAAGACCAUCCCACCCUGACCACAUUUUUUGAAGGCGAAAUUAUCGGCACUAAGCAUACGUUUCAGACUCGCAAUGAGGAAUGGGGCGCUUCGGAGAAAACAGACAUGCACCACUGGUCUCGGUUUCCCGCAUGGCGACCAUUGGCCAAGCAGGCCAAACGAGCCGACUUCACCUACCGCAACUUUGCUCAGCGCGAGCAUAUAUUCAUGAGGUGGAAGGAAUAUUUCCUGGUCCCCGACCAUCGAGUCCGCACAAUCUCGGGGGCCAGCUUUGAAGGGUUCUACUAUAUCUGUUUCAACCAGAUCGAAGGAACCGUGAGCGGCGUAUACUUUCAUGCAAAGAGCGAGCGAUUCCAGCAGCUUGAGCUCAAGCAUGUCGAGGAUCAUGGAUGUGCGCCAGCAGUCGAGUUCCGCUAA